AUGGAGCUCGACCUGCCUGACGGCGGCUUGCUGCAGCUCGCACAGAAGGCCAUUGUCUGCCGCCGCUACAACGCUGCCCGCCACGCGCGCGAGGUGGCGGCCAUGGAAAUCGCCGCCGCCUGCCCUUUCGUACUGCGCGUGUACGGCAGCUCACACCCCGGCAAAGCACCCUACGCAGUCUACACGGAGUUUGCACCGCUGGGCUCCCUACACGACCUCAUCGAACAGCGCCGUACAGCGGGGUCUGGCCCCGGCGGCGGCCGCGCGCCGUACUUUGACGAGCACGAAAUACGCUGGCUGGCGGCACGUGUAUUAUCGGCGCUGACCCACAUCCACCAAUUGGGUAUGGUGCACCGCGAUGUCUCUCCCCACAACAUCUACCGCUCCGCAUCCGGACACCCCCUCCUGGCGGAUUUUGACGCGGCGGAGCUCCUGGACGAGGACGGCCUUGCACACGGACCCGCGGGUCGCAUCGCCACGGCGGCUCCCGAGGUGCGCGCCGCGGCGUACGGCGGCGGGUCGUACGGCACCAAGGCCGACAUGUGGGGUCUGGGCGCGAUGAUGCUCGAAAUGGUUUCUGAUCAGCAGGUGUCGGAUGGACCGCGGUUGGAAGGUUGCUCGGAGGAGCUCCGGAACCUGCUGCUGGAGGGACUGCUCGUGCCACAGCACAAGCGGCUGGACUCGGCUGGCGCCAUGCAACAUCCCUUCUUUACGGGUGUGGACUGGCAGAGCCUUGAAUUCGAGGAGACGCCGUCGGGGCUGCGGGAGGCCGCGGCGGGGCCAUGA